GUCAUGCUUGCCCACACCCUCUCAGAAUGCAGCAUGGGGGAAAUAAUGUAACACAAUUAAGGAACUGUAGCCAGGCAGAGUGUCUUUAUCGCCAAACAGUCGUCGUUUUCGGAUGAUUGAACUUAAGUGAUGCUCAAACGAUGCCUAUAGUGGACAAACUCAAGGAGGCCCUGAAGCCCGGCCGGAAGGACUCCUCGGCGGGCGAUGAUAGCGACCUCAAUAAGCUGCUGGCCUCCUCGGCCAAGAAGGUCCUGCUGCAGAAGAUUGAGUUUGAGCCGGCCAGCAAAGGCUUCUCCUAUCAGCUGGACAGUCUCAAGACCAAAUAUGUGAUCCUCAACCCCCGCGGCAGUGAGGGGGCCGCGUCGGGUCAGAGGGCCAGCACAGAGCCCACUCAGAUCAAGAGGCAAGUUUCAGACAACCAGUGUGGGGGCCAGAGUGAUGGGAUCCCCGCCCCGCAGAAGAUGCUCUUCCCUGGGAACAGACUCUCCAUGCGUUGGGAGCGUGUCUACCGGGUGGGAGCCGGCCUCCACAACCUGGGCAACACCUGCUUCCUUAACUCCACUGUGCAGUGUCUCACCUACACACCGCCCCUGGCAAACUAUCUACUCUCCAAGGAGCACAGUCGUGCCUGUCACCAGUCGGGUUUCUGUAUGAUUUGUAUAAUGCAGAACCACAUCAUCCAAGCCUUUGCCAACACGGGAAAUGCCAUCAAGCCUGUCUCCUUCAUCCGAGACCUAAAAAAAAUUGCCAGGCACUUUCGAUUCGGUAGCCAGGAAGACGCCCAUGAAUUUUUACGCUACACCAUCGAUGCCAUGCAGAAAGCCUGUCUGAACGGCUACCCCAAGUUAGACCGGACGACACAGGCCACCACAUUGGUCCACCAGAUAUUUGGAGGUUACCUCAGGUCACGAGUUAAGUGUUCCAUUUGCAAAAGUGUGUCGGACACGUACGACCCUUACUUGGACAUUGCUGUGGAGAUUCGACAAGCAGCAAAUAUCGUCCGAGCCCUGGAGCUCUUUGUCAAGCCCGACGUGUUGAGUGGAGAGAACGCCUACAUGUGUGCCAAGUGUAAGAAGAAAGUUCCGGCAACAAAGCGAUUCACAGUCCACCGAACGUCCAAUGUUCUGACCCUGUCUCUCAAGAGGUUUGCCAACUUCAGUGGAGGAAAAAUCACCAAGGACGUUGGCUACCCAGAGUUUCUGAACAUCCGCCCUUACAUGUCUCAGAGCACGGGCGACCCGGUCAUGUACGGCCUCUAUGCUGUCCUGGUGCAUUCUGGGUACAGCUGUCAUGCUGGCCACUACUACUGCUAUGUCAAGGCCAGCAACGGGCAAUGGUACCAGAUGAAUGACUCGAUGGUCCAUUCCAGUAACAUCAAAGUAGUCCUCAAUCAGCAAGCCUACGUCCUAUUCUACCUGAGGAUCCCAGAGACCAAGAAGAACGUGGAUGGCCAGAUCACCAAGCAGGGAAUGGGGAAGAACGUAGCGAUGUCAGAGCAGUUCAGGAAGACCAACCUCAACAGACCCCUGUCCUCUCCGCAGGUCACCAAGGUAUGGGACAGACUGGCAGAACGCUCCAUCAUCAGAAUGUUUGAAAGCAAUACGAAACUGGACCCUUUCCAGCUGCGUAAGAUUCAGUCCGUAGAGGGCGGCCUGGGCAUACCCGUGUCUAGGAACGGCUCCAACGGCUCCCAGCAGCCCAACAAGAUGUCCAACGGGACGUCGUCCUCCGCCCACGCCCCCACCAGGAUACCCGGCGGACCCAUGCUGAUCGAAGAGCCCUUCAAGAGGCUGAAGAAGCCCUGUUUUCCUCAGCAGGCGCGCAGCAGCACCCCCGCCCCCUCCAACGGUGUGGGCAGCAGGUCGGACGGCGGAGACCGGAGGCACGGGAACCAAGGAGCCAGGGGCCUGGCCGCAUCUACCUCACUCAAGUCCCUGUCAGACUCCUCCUCGGCAGACACCUCCGACUCCAAGGAUUCCAUGGGUACCAAAAGUGCGCCGGUUGGUGUGACGUCCACCCCCCCUAGGAACGUCUCGAACGGCAUGGCCUCCCCUGCCAAGAGUGUGGAGCGCGUGGGCACGGAGGAGCAGAAGACAGUCAAGCUAAAACCCCUGGUCCUCAACAACAUCACAUCUUCACCCACCAGCACCACGUCUCCCCCGCCCGCCAAGAAAUUGGCCCUGUCGGCCAAGAAGGCCAGUCGCAGCCGGAGUCCGAGCAGCACUGAGGCUCAACACCCCCACCUGCCACGCCAUCCGUCCAGUGACCGCACGCAUCCUGCUCAACUUAACAACCUCACCUCCACCUCACCCACUCACAGUCACAGGGUUGGUCCAUUCCAUUCACCCAAACUGCAAUCUCCACCCACAGCCCACCAUGUCCACUCAGGCAUCCCAUCUAAGCAUCAGAGUCCCCAGAAAUCAAACUCCACCCUCUCUCCAAAAACCAAUGGGCUUCAGACCCACCUUCCAAAGAGCCCUAAACCUACUAAGACCCCCAGUCUGUCAGCGCCUGGCCCAAGCAGUUCCGCCACCUCCUUAAAGAAGAAAAAGAAGAAACGGCGUCACUCUGAGAUGGAAGGCGGAGAGCGAGAGCCAGCACUGGCCUACGUCAUCCCAGACAUCCCCGCUGAGCCCGAACUGAUCGAACCUGCCAGUGAGAGGAAGAGGAGGAAAAGGAGAAAGAAGAGGAAGAGGGAGAAAGAGGAUGGAGAUACAGCCGAGAACCACAGGGAAAGGGUUCAGUCUCAUCUGGAGGCUUCGCCGCCGGCCCAAGAGGAGGACUGGUGUCAGGGGGGAUCAUGGCGACUCAGCCCCCCUGACAAAAGAGCCCUGGAACAACCAAAGCAGCCCCAUCCCCAGCCUGAGAGUAAGCUCCAGUUGGUUUCAGUGGUUCUCCAGUGUGACGCGAAACAAGGAGAGCAGAGUAUGGACACUGUGACCAUGAUGAAGAGGAGGAGGAGGAAGAAGAAAAGGAGAUUGGAGGAGGGACCGGAGGAAGCGACAUCAACACGUUCUGUUUCAGAAAGUUCUGGGAUGAAGGACACGGUUGUUGAAAACGGCGCUGGGGAUUCUACUGCGCCAAAGAAGUUAAAAAAGCGCAGGCUAAAAGAAGAGGUGAAACAGUGGGAGGAAAGCAGACGUUGUUGCUUCGACGACCAGAGGAGCGACACUGAAGCAGCGGAGGCCCUUCCUAAGAAGGGCACCGUGGAGAGCACCGCUGGAGUGAUCGUGUGGGACAGCCAGGUUAAGGAUGGCUACAAGCGCUCCAAGGCCCCCGCUGCAGAAGCAGCAGAGGGUGGGCCUGGGGAUGUCCCCCGCCCAGCCACCAUGGUCUGGGAUGGCAAGAGGAGUGGUGGAGUGGUUGAGGAGCUCCUGAAGAACUCUUUGGACAAAGCCUAUGGAACCCAAGUCCUCAGCUGGGAGGGAGAGGCAUCCGCCAUCAGUAGGGAUGCCAUUGACGACACCCGCGAUGCCAGAACCGACACGGUGAUUGACGAGUGGGACGAGGACUUUGACAGUGGAAAGGUGAAGAAAAUGAAAAAGUAUAAGCGAGAGAAGAGGAGGAGCGGCAAUAUCUUCCAGAAGAUCCAGGACCGGCGGAGCAUGUGGUCGGUCACACCCGGCGCUAAGAAGACCGGCUUUGGAUACCGUCACUGAGAGCCAACCAGAAUGGAUGUUUGGAUACCGUCACUGAGAGCCAACCAGAAUGGAUGUUUGGAUACCGUCACUGAGAGCCAACCAGAAUGGAUGUUUGGCCACAUACAGUACAACUGAACUGAAGUGACGUCACGUGACGCCACUGUAACAAUGUUACUCUUUUUUGAUUGUUUGGCGGUUCAUACCCUGAUUGCAAUACGAGAGACCAUGGCCAGUUGACAGAACACACCUUUCGGAGAGAUAAUGACCAUCUUUGAUCUGUGUUGGUCUCUUCACUGUAGAACUUACCGCAAGUCUUCCUUUGAUGACCGAGUCUGGUGAGCUGACCAACACGGGCUGUGAUGUUACCAUCGUCAGCCAGGGUUCAGCAACAAUGAGUUGACCAUUGCUUCUACACCGUUGUCUCAGAUGGAUAUGAAAAUAUUGUUCCGUCAAUGGUGCUCAAGCUGCUCAUGGAAUAUGAUGGAUUUACCGUACUGUGAUGCUGCUGAGCUUCCAUCUGUGGUAAUAACAUGACACUAUGUUAUGAAUUCAGAACAAGUCAUGUCAGGAAUUCUCAUAUUUGGACAUUUUACAUGGUUGGGCUACUCUAGGGGACGGUUCUGGGAUUUUCUAGCCGGUAUCAAAGGAUGUGGCAUGCACCAUAGAGCAUUUAUCUGUGUGAAAGGAUGAGGUGAGAGAUUUUGUAUAAUGUAUGCUAGAUAACCCUUACCCAUCAGCUAAAUGUAUUGAAACCUAUGAGGGAGACACUUGGGUUGUGUUCAGGUGGGCGAAACGUUCAGAACUUUGAAUUAUAGUAAUGUAUAGAGCUGAAAUGACUUCCUAUAAAAAAUCAUUCUGUUCUACACAAUCUAUUUCUCUGAACAUUCUAAAAUGUUGCAACCAGUGAUUUAGUGUAUAAAAAAAAUUGGGUUGGCAAACGUUGAUCGCCGUUCUUGCUGAGUAAAGCAACACUCCCUAUACGUUCAAUGCAUUUUUCCUCAAACGGUGGGUAAAAUACAAAAACAUACGUAAAUGUAAUUUACGUGCGUUUACCCUCUACUACACCACUGGUUCCAACCGUUGUACUGUUGCAGACUGGGCCAUCUGCAGGACAGUGGGCCAAUAGAGGUGAAUGCUCUGAAUACUGUUCUCCUGACUCAUAUGGCCUAUUCUGUAUGUGAAGACGUGUGGUGACCAUCUCGCGCUUAUCACCAUCAGCACAAUCACCAAGUCACCUUUAAAAGAUCCGAAACAUGAACAGGACCGCAGAUGGUGAAACCAUCAUAACUGAUUUGUUUAAUCCCAUCCUCUCUCUCUUAGUCUGAAUGAUUGAUGCUUUUAUGUUUUCUAAUUCUGUGUGAUUUCUUUGCCACAAUGCCUUCUUGGUAUGUUCUACAUGCCUUCUUGGUAUGUUCUACAUGCCUUCUUGGUAUGUUCUACAUGCCUUCUUGGUAUGUUCUACAUGCCUUCUUGGUAUGUUCUACAUGCCUUCUUGGUAUGUUCUACAUGCCUUCUUGGUAUGUUCUACAUGCCUUCUUGGUAUGUUCUACAUGCCUUCUUGGUAUGUUCUACAUGCCUUCUUGGUAUGUUCUACAUGCCUUCUUGGUAUGUUCUACAUGCCUUCUUGGUAUGUUCUACAUGCCUUCUUGGUAUGUUCUACAUGCCUUCUUGGUAUGUUCUACAUGCCUUCUUGGUAUGUUCUACAUGCCUUCUUGGUAUGUUCUACAUGCCUUCUUGGUAUGUUCUACAUGCCUUCUUGGUAUGUUCUACAUGCCUUCUUGGUAUGUUCUACAUGCCUUCUUGGUAUGUUCUACAUGCCUUCUUGGUAUGUUCUACAUGCCUUCUUGGUAUGUUCUACAUGCCUUCUUGGUAUGUUCUACAUGCCUUCUUGGUAUGUUCUACAUGCCGCCUUGGUAUGUUCUACAUGCCGCCUUGGUAUGUUCUACAUGCCUUCGUGGUAUGUUCUACAUGCCUUCGUGGUAUGUUCUACAUGCCUUCGUGGUAUGUUCUACAUGCCUUCGUGGUAUGUUCUACAUGCCUCCGUGGUAUGUUCUACAUGACUUGAUGAAACUGACCCACUGUGGCUGCUGCUGACACAUUUACAUAUUCUGAUUGUACUCUUAUUUUACAAGCAUGAAUUUGGAGGGGGAAACAGUCACAUGCCUGUCCCAAGCAGACAAAAGGCCUCCAUCUUUAGUUGAAUCUUGUUGAUUAUUGUAUGCAUGAUGGUGGUAUUUGAAGUUUCCUGUAUCAGAAUAUUCAGUUCUGCAUCCCUAAUGGUUUGUUUUCCUGGGGGAAUUGAAUUUGACGCUUCUGAAGAUGAUGUCAUUUGGUAGAUGUGUCAGAAUAGAAAAAUGUCAUGGUCGAUUAACACCUAGUGAUGCUGGAAUAUGAAUUGCCCCUACAUCAGCUAAUUGCAAAGUUCGUAGGCGGAUGUCUCUACCCCUAGGUCAAGUUGGGGACUGUAACGAUAAUGUAAAGGCUUUGCCUGUUUGUAACACCACAUAAUCCACCUUUUUAAUGUAUUAGACAUAUCAUUGUUUCAUCUGCUUUCUAAUCCAUUUGCUCUCUUUCUGGUAAAUCGUACCAUUCUGUUUUGCAAAAGAGAAUGAGUGUGAUUCUGGGUGGGUGGGUUGUAUUGGGAACUUUUUCAACCCUAGACAUCUACAGUAGGUCAUGAGUGGAGCUAAUUGCUCAUCUCUUCUGCUCGUUAUUCCCAAAAUGUCAAGUCCCUGGUCUGUAACUAAAAGUUGGGUUGGUGACCAUCGUUUAGUAAUGCUCCAUCACCAGUGGAAUUCAGCUUUGUUGUGCAUCAUGUGUUUUCUGAAUGAAUUUUGGGACUCAAUAUGAACCAACAGUUCUUUCUUUGUGUUCUAUCCCAGAUAAAGAGUUACAUGUAGGCUGGUCCCAGAUCUGUUUGUGUGGUUUGGCCAACACCUAGGGCCAUUGUAAAUGCAGCACAGACAUCUGGGGCAAGGCUAGAUGACAUGCGUUGCCCCAGGCCUUGUUAGUUUGACGUUGAUGUAUAUGCUAUUAGUACAUGAUCGUCUCAAUCUGUACUCUCUCUAUGCAAAUCACCCACAGACAGUCCAACUAACUGGUCAUCUGGAACAUCCCCCAACCUUACAACCCUCAUGUACAACCAACCUUCUAGCCAAGUCCACAUUUUAUUACACCCCACCACCAUGUUUAUCCUGAGGAGGCUGUUUUCUACCAGUAGAUUUGGGAGGGGGAAAACAUGGGAUCUUCCACUUUAUCUGGGCACCGAUUUGAUAAAUAGAUCAUGAAUGAUAGUCCUUAAACAAAAGCGCUUUGCCAGUGUAGAAGAUUGUACAGUCCACCUGGUGUUUCCCAUGCUUUCCCCGUCAUCCCUGCGUAGACCUAGCCUCGUACAAACCAUCCUGAUCUGAUCGUCUACACGGAAACAGAAUGCAAGCUUGUGAGAUCAGGAUGAUUCGUACGAGGCUAGUGUAGUUCUAUCCACCCAUUGACUUUCAUUCUAGAGAUGUCAGCUUUAACAGUAUAGUUAAUUGAUAAGUAAUUUAAAGAAACGUUUCACAAAUCUUUAAUGUACUAUAAAAUAUACAGGUAAUCUGUAUUUGGGUUGGUGGGGGAUUGUGAAACUUGAAAUAAUUUUUUGCAGAUGGAUGUUCAUAUGUGCGAGUUUCAUACGAUGACACCUUGUUACUGUAGUGUCAUACAGUAUGAGAGCAGUUUCUUGUUGCUGUAGUGUCAUACAGUAUGAGAGCAGUUUCUUGUUACUGUAGUGUCAUACAGUAUGAGAGCGGUUUCAUCACCAGUUCCAUUGAAUGUGUUUAAUGUUGACUGUGAAAUUAGCUUUAGGACAUGUUCGAUUCUCAAGGGAACUGACACGGGGACAUUAUUCUGGUGUGACUGAUCCACGUCAUAUUUGCAUUGAUGGUUCUAUAUCUUGCACCGCCUUUUCAGACCAAGGAGAGACAUUUCAUAAUGAAAAGUGACUCUUACCAAAAUGGAUAAUGUAAUUAGCUAUACAGGUGCAAUAAAGUUAUGACUUUGUGAAAA